GACGAGAUGGACCCUCUCGAGGAAUACACGUGUUUGUGGCAGGGGAGCGGGUUCUUUUCCCCAGAGAGCUCGGAUGACCUCGUUCGCCAUGUCUACUUCCACUGCUACCACACCAAGCUGAAGCAGUGGGGGCUGCGAGCCCUGCAGAGCCAGUCGGAUGUGAGCCAUUGCCAGCUGGACAUCCAGAGCCGCAAUAUCAUCCCUGAGAUCCAAGAGAACUUUCUGUGCCUGUGGGAGUACUGUGAGAGAUCGUUUGAUAAUCCCGAGUGGUUCUAUCGGCAUGUGGAGGAUCAUAGCUUCUGUCUGGAGUACAAGGCAGCAGGGAAGGAGAACCACGUGGUCCUCUGUGGCUGGAAAGACUGCGAUUGCACCUUCAAAGGACGCUGCAAACUGCGGGAGCACUUGCGCAGCCACACACAGGAGAAGGUGGUGGCCUGUCCUACCUGUGGGGGGAUGUUUGCCAACAACACCAAGUUCUUUGACCAUAUCCGCCGUCAGACUGCACUGGACCAGCAGAGGUUUCAGUGUUCUCACUGCUCCAAGAGAUUUGCCACAGAGAGGCUGGCCCGUGACCAUAUGAGGAACCAUGUGAACCAUUAUAAGUGCCCUCUGUGUGACAUGACCUGCCCGCUGCCCUCCUCCCUGCGCAAUCACAUUCGUUUUCGGCACAGCGAGGAGCGGCCAUUCAAGUGUGACUACUGUGAUUACAGCUGCAAGAAUCUCAUUGACUUGAGGAAACAUUUGGACACGCACAGCAAAGAGCCAGCCUAUCGCUGCGAGUUUGAGGCUUGCAGCUUCACUGCACGUUCCCUCUGCUCCAUCAAGCUCCACUACCGGAAAGUCCACGAGGGUGACUCAGAGCCCCGGUACAAGUGCCAUGUCUGUGACAAGUGCUUCACUCGUGGAAACAACCUCACUGUCCACCUCAGGAAGAAACACCAGUUCAAAUGGCCCUCGGGACAUCCUCGCUUCAGGUACAAGGAACAUGAGGAUGGCUAUAUGAGGCUGCAGCUGGUGCGUUACGAGAGUGUGGAGCUGACAGAGCAGCUACUGAAGGACAGAGAGAAGCGAGGGGAGGCACUGGAUGGCUCAACUGAGUGUGUGGUGCUGUCUGAGGGUGAGGGUAACCUGCAGGGCAUCAUUCUGGAGGCUCCAGCAGAGGCUGCCCUGGGGGAGAACAGCAUCGCUGAGCUGCAAGUGGCCCCACUGCGCCCGGCAGCUUGCUCUGCUGACAACCCUGAGCCAACACAGCCGAGUGCCUUCCCAGGAGCAGCACUCUCAUCAGAGCAAGAACCCAGCACCCCAGCCAGCCCCAUCAUCCGUGUGGUGAACCGGACCAAUGAGCAUGGUGAGAGUGAGACUGUGUAUUAUGUCAUGGCCAGCACAUCCUCAGAGGAGCAGGUGGCAGCACCUGGUGGGCUGGCUAUGGAGCUGGAGGAGAACGUCAUGGACCGUCUGCAGAAGACAGCUGAGGAGCUGGGCAUCCAGAUUGUGUGAGGUGCUCACCU